AGCCAUUUGGCCCAAGAUGUUUGCUCAAGCCACUUGUUCUCAAGCGUUCUGGCAUCGGCCAUAUUCAUAUAGUCAGUGUUGAGAGAAGGUAUUGGGCAUGCCCGUGUGGCCGUCUACAAUGACCGCUAAUGGUACGAAUUUCCCAGAACAAGUUUUGCGCAAGAUACUGGUGGACUUCCUUUUGAUCGCGGGACCACUGAUAGCAAUGGUUUUGUAUUUGAACAAAGCGGCCGUUGGUCGUACCACCCUCGUCCAAGUUGCUGCCGGGGCUGUAACUGCAGUCGUAAGUGUUGCCACGUUUGCCCUCCAAUUUCCCGCCUGCCGGAACUGGGUGUCGAUAUGCUUGAUUAGGCCGUCUCGCAUGCAGUCAGUGUUUUUCUACGUGAUCAGUUUCGUGGUCGGUGCAUCUCACGCUUGCUAUGCACUGCCAGUGUUCUUGGACCCACUCGCCAGAGACACGUUGGAACUCUUCUUUCCUGUUUCCCUAUUUGUGAUGUUGUAUGCAACUUCAGUGACAGCUCGGUUUUUGCCGUUCGAGGUGUUCUCGUGUGCACUGGCAAUUCUGGCCACGUUUACAUUGUAUGCAGAACAUGCAGAGGGGCAAGACUUGAUGGAGGCCAUGCGCUCUCUUCUUCCAAAUGCAGUCGUAUUCUUGGUGCUCACCGCUACACUGACAUUGAGGAUCAGUUUGCUUAGCCAUCGGCGACAUCACGGGGGUUCGAAUUCUCCCAGCCUCGAUGGCGCCCCUGAUGAGGUGCAGCCACAUGCGCAUGUGAGCUUCACUGGGAUAUUGCCGCCAACGUCUGGUGAAGUCCAUCGAGACGGGGGGUUGGCGGCACUUGACUCGCCAGGUUGUCGAGAUAACACCGUCGUGGAUGUGGGUGAUUCAUCGUUUAUACCAAACAUAGGAACUACCAGCGAUGUACAUCCAGCCGAUGAUGGUCCAUCCGGACUCGUCGAACCCUGCGAACAUAUAUUAAUCGGCACCGUAAGUGAGAUGCUUGAGGAAUCUUGUGAUAUUCCCAGUGUCCGGGAAGACCAUGUGCAAGCAGAACAGUAUCGCCGUGUUCACGCCUGGAGUUCUGAAGUAUCUGGUAGACUUGACCACACGGAAUCAGAAUUGUCAGUCGAGCGUGACAUGUGUGAUGACGUUGUUAGUCAAGUUGAUGUUACAUCAGAUGCAGGGUCUAAAUCCACUUCGAGUUCCAAUGCACCUACACUUCUCGGAGCCCUGAGUCUGGCUUUAGAACACCUGCUGCCAGCGAGUAUCAUUGGAGAUUUGUGGUCCAGGGCAGGAAGUCGUACAAGCACUACUGCUGUCUGCGAGAAAACUCCUGAUUCUGAAGUCUGGGCAUCUGUGGCAAGUCUGCCACGACCAGAGCUUCACAGAGUAUCAACGCCAGCUGGGAGAGACAGAACGCCUGAAUUAUACUUAUCCGACUCGCCUGACCUAUUCCUCGCAGAGUUGCAGGAAAACAUUGGCCAGACGCGCCGAUUCCAGAUGCCACGGCCUCGUCAACAUGCUCUUAGGUAAUGAGGUCCAGACGUCGUCGGCUCGAUCCGGUCUGGCGCUUCCGCUUCAGCGCCUGUUGCUUUUUUUUGUUGAAGUACCUCUGCGCGGGGUGCUCUGUGGCAUCGGAAACCUGAUGUGUACACGGGCAUCCUCCGCCCCCGCUUCCAGGCAGACUGCGCGAGCCUCCGCGAAGCGGGGCCGCAGGAGCUUGGACCCUUCUCUUUAUCUGUCGUCAUCAUAUGGCUGUACGGUUGCAAGCAAAGGGCAGUCCAUUACGACGCAUCAUACUCGGGGUUGGUCGAAGCCCGCACCUGUCUUGUUGGUGACAUUGACCAGUGCAGGGAGUUCCUUCCAUUUUUUAACGCCCUGCUUGCAUCGGGCCUGACUGCUUUGCAGCCUCGAGCGCUCUCAGUGAGCCCCAGCUCGGGAGGCAGCCUAGGUGGGGCAGCGAGUCGCAAUGAGGUGUUUUUGCCCUUCCGUUUGGGUUGUUGCCCGCGCUCCUCUCAGCAACAUGUGGUUCCAAUUUUGGGACCCAUCGUAAACAAGAGCAAGAGCUGGGGAUUGAGCGUCCACAACGCCCCUAUCCACGCCCUUCUGCAGCGGUGCACAGCAGCCGCUCCGGUCCGAAGCCUCUCGCCGCUGCCCGCAGCGCGAUGUCUGGCCUCUGGGACUCCCGAGCCCUGGAGGCCUGACCCCUCUUGUUCGCUGGGGAUGGCGAUGGAGGGUGAGGGGUCAGUGUGUGGUGGGGGGGGGUGCACGCCAGUUCGGCCAUCGCUGCCCAUGCGUGCAGUGACAGUUUCCGCGAACUGCCCGGCGUGCAGUCCUUCCGCAACUCCUCCUCAUCCGUCGCCCUUCUUCAUUCCAACCUCUCUCGUACGAUGCCGUUCGCGCGCCGCACGUCUUCGCAGACGGGACCGGACGCGCUGGCCGCCCCCCCCCAAGAAAAAAAGAAAG